AAGCGCGAAAGUUCAAUCGAAACUGCAAUGACAGGCCGCGGCGGCCAUCGAGUGACGGGCAUGGCCCUGGCCCUGGCCCUGCUCCUGUUGCUCCUCAUAAACGAAGCGCCCCACUCGCUGGGCUACAACAUCGAUCUGCCGAGCUACGUGCGCUACCAGCAGGCGACCAACUCCAUGUUCGGCUUCAGCAUUGCCCUGCACAAGGCACGCAACGAUUACUUCACCAACCAGAACAAUGUCAGCUUGAUUGUGGGUGCACCCAAAUAUGAUACGUCCCGAUUCCAGCCCGGCGUUGUGGAGGCCGGCGGCGUCUUCAAAUGCAGCAUGAAGGAUGAUGACUGCAAGUUGGUGCCCUUCGAUUCCAAAGGUAACAAUCGGAAUACCGAGGGCGAAAUCGUAGACAGGAAGUCCUACCAAUGGCUGGGCGCCACUGUGGCCACAGGACGCGACAACGAUUUGGUUGUGGCCUGUGCACCGCGAUAUGUGUUCCACACGAUGACGCCAUCGAGGGCGAUGCGCUAUGACCCAGUGGGCACCUGCUUCACCUCCCACAACUUCGAGCAGUUCCACGAGCUAUCCCCCUGUCGGACAAACAACUGGGGUUAUCAUCGUCAGGGCUCGUGUCAGGCCGGCUUCAGUGCAGCCGUCAACAAAAAUGGCUCGCGUUUGUUCAUUGGCGCACCUGGCAGUUGGUACUGGCAAGGACAAACCUACUCAAUACCGCCCGAUGCCGAGUUUCCAUUUAAGCCGCCUUAUUAUCAGCCCUUCGGCACUGGAGGUCAGGCGAGCUCCCACGAUGUGACCAAGCCGGAGAACCAAGUCUUCUCCACGGUGGAGAGCACGUCGGUGAAUGAUGACUCGUAUCUGGGCUAUUCCAUGGUCACCGGCGACUUUGAUGGCGAUCGCAGCGAGGAUGUGGCCAUAGGCAAGCCCCGUGGCGCCAAUUUGACCGGCCAGGUGGUGGUCAAUCGCUGGAAUAUGGCAAACAUUUUGAACAUUACUGGACGACAGAUUGGCGAAUACUUUGGCUAUGCCCUCGCCUCCAGCGAUGUGGAUGGCGAUGGCCUGGACGAUCUCAUCAUCGGCGCACCGAUGUUCACGGAGCUGGACAAUGUGGAGGGCAAGUACGAUGUGGGCCGUGUCUAUGUGCUGAUCCAGGGCGGACACACGGCCUCCCAGUUCUUCACCACGGAGCACAUACGCGACGGGUUCCAGACCAAGGGUCGCUUCGGUCUCGCCCUCACCACCCUGGGUGAUGUGAAUGGCGAUGGCUAUGGCGACUUCGCUGUGGGCGCACCCUAUGACGGGCCCGAGGGCCGUGGCGUUGUCUACAUCUAUCACGGCUCGUCCAUGGGUCCGUUGGCGAAGCCCUCGCAGAUCAUACGCGCCGAGCAGCUGGUGGAGGGCGCUCCCUAUCCGCGCACCUUUGGCUUUGCCCUCUCUGGCGGCGUGGACAUGGACGGCAACACCUAUCCGGAUCUGGCGGUGGGCGCCUACAGCUCCGAUCGCGUUUACCUCUUCAAGUCCCGCCCCGUGGCUGCUGUCAAUGCGGAGACGACCUUUGCCAGUCCCUCGAAGCUGAUCAGCCUGGACGAUCGCAGCUGUCCGCUGCAGAGGGACAACAAGAGGGUGCCCUGCAUGAUGCUCACCACUUGCUGGAGCUUCACCGGUCGCUAUCUGCCCGAGCAGCUUGACUUCGAUGUGUCCUGGCUGCUGGACGCCAAGAAGGUGCGCAAUCCCCGCAUGUUCUUCCUGCGGGAUGAGGGCAAGAAUAUCCGCAAUCAGACGAUUCGCCUGAACUACGGCCAAAACUAUUGCCUCAACGAGACGGUCUAUCUCAUGGACAAGGUGCAGGACAAGCUGACACCACUGGAGGUCGAGUCGCGCUACAACCUGCGCAGCAGUCGUCCCCUCGAGCCCAUAGUGCGGCGCAGGCGCGGCAUCCUCGAGCCGGUGAUUGAUCAGAAUCGUGAGAUUGUCGUGCGCGACGCCAUCAACAUACAAAAGAACUGUGGCCCCGAUAACAUAUGCGAGCCGGAUCUCAAGUUGGAAAUCAAAACUGUGGAUAAGUAUCUGUUUGGCUCACCCGAACCACUCACCGUUGAGGUUUUGAUCUCGAACAACAACGAGGAUGCCUUCGAGGCAGCGUUCUAUAUGAUUACACCGCGCGAUCUGGAGUUCCGCAAGCUGCAGCAGCUGGGCGAGAAGAAGGAUACGCCCAUCACCUGCUCGGCACCCACGCCGGCGAAUAAUCACACGCUCAAGUGCGACAUUGGCAAUCCGCUGGAGUCGGGACAAAUCGCUCACUUCAUGAUCAGCCUUGUGCCGGCGGACAAGUACGGCAGCUCCUCCAGCUACGAAUUCUACUGGGAGGCAAACUCCACAAAUGUGGAGAAGUUGGGCUCCCACUUUGACAAUAUUUACCGCAAGAGCGUGGGCAUUUGGGUGGACACGGACCUGGACAUCAAGGGCACAUCGCUGCCGGACUAUCAGCUGUACAAGGCCGAUGACUACAAGACGCUGGCGAAUGCCACCAGCGAGGAGGAUCUGGGACCGCAGGUGGUGCACAUCUACGAGAUACGCAACAAUCGCCCAUCGAUCAUCGAGGAGGCAGAGGUCUAUAUCCACUAUCCCUACGAGACCAUCGUCGGGGAUCCGCUGAUGUAUCUGCUCAGCCAGCCGGAGACGGGCGGCAAGAUCCGCUGCGAUCAGGUGUACGAGGUCAACGAGCACAACCUCAAGCUGGACGAGAAGCUGAAGAACAAAUCAUAUUUGCAUGCGCAGGGCGCCAUCAGCAAUUCGGUGCAGUUCAGCAGCCAGGCGGCUGGUGCGACUGGUGCCGCUGCUGGCGGCGCGGAGCGAGCUGAGGGGCAUCUGGAGGUGUCGCGGGGCUCGCAGGGCGGCCAGGCGGUGACCGUCAGCCAAACGGAGGCCAAGAAUCGGCUGACACCCAAGCAGGUGGCCCUGCUCGAGCGUGAGGAUGCCCUCGAUGUGCCCGGCGAUGCUUCGUAUGUGCAUCAGGAUCGUGCCAGCCAGGCGGUGAUCAUCGAUCACGAGCCGCGCAUCAAUCAGAGCAGCUUCACCACCAUCUCCUCCUCCAGCUCGGGCCCCAGUGCCCAGCUGCGUGGCCACAGCACCCAGGGCCACAUACAGAUGGCGGGUCUGCCCCAGCAAUCGAGCAGCAGCUCUGGCUAUCAGUCGGGGCCCCAGCAGAGGCAGCAGCUACAUCUGGCUGGUGCUGGAGCUGGAGCUGGUGCUGGAGCUGGUGCUGGCGGUGCCAACUUUGCGGACAAAUCCAUGUACGGCGGACGCAGUGGCAACUUCCAUGCGGGCACCCUUGAUCUGGGCAGCAUACCACGCACCAAUGUGGACAAUGAUCUCUACAGGAACAGCCAGUUCCAGGGUCAGGGUCAGGGACAGAUGCACACCCAGUCGUACGGACAGGGACAGGGACAGUUCGGAGCUGCGCCAGGUGGCUAUCAUGUGACAUAUAGCUCGGGCAGCAAGCCCUACUAUGGACGCGAGAAUGGCGACUUCUACGAUGAGGAUAUACUCCAGCAGGGACCUGCGCAGAGUCAGGGACAGGGUCAGGGUGGACCGGGACACUGGUCCUCGUCCAGCUCGAGCUCCUCCCAGCGCCGUUUUCGUCGCAGCAGCGAUGAUGUGGAGCAGCCGCAACAGAUCGAUCUGAAUUCGCCGUGCCAGUCGGCACGCUGUCGCACGAUUCGCUGCGUGGUGACCAAUCUGGGCACCGAGGACGGUGAUGCCGCAUUUGUGGCCAUACGCGCCCGCAUGGUGGCCAAGACCAUGGAGAAGCUUGCCUCGAAUGUGCCCCUGAAUGUGUCCACGCUGGCCGUGGCCAAUGUCACCCAGCUGCCGUUCAUUGGCCAGCCCAAGGACAAGAUUAUCAAGUCACACGAGAUCUUCUACAAGGCGGAGCCGGAGCCGCAACAGGUGCCGGAUGUGGUGCCACUCUGGGUGGUUGUGUUGGCCGCGUGUGCGGGAGCGCUCAUCUUUCUGCUGCUCGUCUGGCUGCUAUACAGGUGCGGCUUCUUCAAGCGCAAUCGGCCCACGGAUCACGCACAGGAGCGACAGCCCCUACGCAACGGCUAUCAUGGCGAUGAGCAUCUGUAGAGCGAGCGAGCGAGUUCUUCAUGCAACAUGAAAUAACAAACAGCAACAACAACAUUACGAACUCUAAAACAACGUACUAAAAAAUGGAGAUAAAACUCAACAACAACAACAACAAAAGGAAUGUACUAAAACACCAAGGAAACUGAAAGCGGUGCGACGAGCAGUGCAGCUCAACGGUGGCCGCAUUGCAGGGCACACUGUACUCUACGAGUGUUAACAGUACAACAACAACAACAAACAACAACAACAACAACAAAA